AUGGCGGCUAACUGGGCUCUCGAAACCGAGUCAACUCGGCGAGUUGCAAUUUACAACGCAGACAUACUUUCUUUUAGCCCGCAGCUCGCCGCCAUUUCUGGAACUUCAGCAUACGCAUUAUCACGCCUGAACAUGAGCGCUUGCGAGCUUUCCGCAGUUCCGGCCAAGGCGGCGAUUAAAGAAAUCGCAACGGAAGACAAAACAGAAACAAAUAUUCGCAGCAGCAAAAGCAUCAUUUCAUCAAAACACGACAAGAGAUACUUGGCGCCCGCCAAAGUCAAGAAGCGGGCAGCAUGGGCAUGCAAACACUGUCGAGCUCGCAAAGUGCGCUGUGACGUCGUGUACGGCUCGCCAUGUCGAAAUUGCAGAUGGGACAAGAUGGAAUGCAGUAUCCAAGAAACUCGCUGGCAAACAAACCACGUCUCCAUCGCCAACAAAGUCACGGGAGCGGAAGUACAGAACCGCCCUGUGGCCAAUGUAAUAAACCUCAACAGCGUUGUAGAGGUUCGAAAGUCGAGAGGUGCUGCUAUCGGUUCGUUUACUGGCCUUGCUGCAAAUAAGGUAUCAAAUGAAGCGGCCGCAGCCAAGGAAGCAAUCAAGCAUGGUGCACCAAGCCUCGGCGACCAGGUGCCCCCCGGUUUCAAGCCUCUUCCAACCAAGGUUGCCGCUGAAGAUGUAAGAUAUCUCCGGUCCAAGGGCGCUCUGUCGGUGCCAAGUGUGCCGUUACAGAGUGCUCUGCUCCAAGUCUACGUGGAAUAUGUCAACCCGCAUAUGCCUCUGGAGUUGUUUCCAUUCCUGAACGCCACAAACGCCGGCGAUGGCCGGGCCGGAAAGGCCAGCCUGCUGAUGUACCAGGCCGUCAUGUUUGCUGCCACAGCAUUUGUCGAUAUAGAAGUUCUGCUGGAAGCCGGCUAUGCGACCCGCAAAGCUGCGAGGAAGUCAUUCUUCCAAAAGUCCAGAGCAAGUAUGGCCAUAUCGCUGGCAUACACCCUGUGCCUCCAUCGAGAUCCGAGUACCACGAGUAUGUCGGCAGCCAGACAGAAGCUGGGGAAACGAAUAUGGUGGUCAUGUUUCAUGCGUGAUCGCCUCAUCGCUCUAGGUAUGCGGCAGCCUAGCCGUAUACACGACGAGGAUUUCGAUGUUCCGAUGCUAGAGGAGAGCGACUUCGAGAUUGAGGUCUUUCCCAAGGGUAAUAAUAUUCUCCUAAGACAAUGCGCCGUCGUCCGAGAUACUACGAUGCAGCAGGAGCUUGCGGCAUUGUUUAUUGCAAAAGUUCAGCUGUGCAUCUGCAUCGGCCACGUGCUAAAUUCCAUGUAUUCAGACGAUAUGCGGGAUAAGGCCAUUCCAGAAAACACUACCAUCAACACCUGUAUGCUAUUACCAAAUAAGAAGCUUGAUAAUACGGAAUGGUUCCUAUCUAUCAACCUCGAACUUGUGGCUUGGGCCGAGGCCUUACCUCCCUGUUGCCGGUACACACCUCUGAUGCCGCUCGAUAUAAAGAACAGUAAUGCGACUAUCGCGGUUCAACGAACUUUGUUACACAUGUUGUACUAUACCAUAGAGUUGACCUUGCAUCGUCCGCAGCUCUUGCCACCGUCGCCCACUCAGGUCAUGACUACCCCGAGCGUAGUCCAGGGCGUAUCCCGUCUACAUGUUCGGAACGCCACUAUAUAUAUUACACGCAUGGCAUCGGAGCUACACCAUCUCCGACUUGACAGGUUCCUCCCCGUCACUGGUGUGACAGUCAUCCUGCCCGCCAUGAUGAUACAGCUCCUUGAGAUGACAAACCCUGCUCCGCGGGCCCGUGUUCUUGCAGCCCGCGGGUUCCAGCAGUGUUUGUGCGUGAUGGAGAAGCUCCGCGAGAUCUACGUUGCUGCAGACGAUAUCGUUGGCUUCCUAGACGCCGCGCUGCGCAAGCUUGGCAUCGACGUCAACGAGUUAGCCGCCACAGACCUCACCAACCAAGACCUCAAAUUUGCCGAGACCGACUCUGGCGGGCAAACUCUGCGGGCAGAGCUAAACCUGGACUUGGCCAAUUGUGGUUCUACGUCUUCGGCCGUUGGCAUAUCCAAGGAGACCAGCUUCCCGGAUCUCAUAUAUUGGAUAGAGCAGAAAGUCAUCGACUGGAACGACGUCACUGGCACUGAGAUUGAUCUAGACAAGUAG